UUUCUUCUCCGGGCGCCGAGCGGCCGCGCUGCAGAGACUCCCGCCGCCCCCGACCGCCCCCGCCGCGUCCCUCGGGCCUCGGAAGUGACGCAGCGCGCCCCGCCCCCGCCGCCAGAUCCGCUGCUGCUGCCGCGGCGGGCGGACCUGCAGGAGGCGGCGGCGGCGGCGGCCGAGGCCGAGGGAAGAUGGCGGACGGUGUGGACCACAUAGACAUUUACGCGGACGUGGGCGAGGAGUUCAACCAGGAAGCUGAAUAUGGUGGGCAUGAUCAAAUAGAUUUGUAUGAUGAUGUCAUCUCUCCGUCUGCUAAUAAUGGAGAUGCCCCAGAAGACCGGGACUACAUGGAUACUCUUCCACCAGCUGUUGGAGAUGAUGUGGGGAAGGGAGCAGCGCCCAAUGUUGUCUAUACGUAUACUGGAAAGAGAAUCGCAUUGUAUAUUGGAAAUCUAACAUGGUGGACAACGGAUGAAGACUUAACUGAAGCAGUUCAUUCUUUGGGAGUAAAUGAUAUUUUGGAGAUAAAAUUUUUUGAAAAUCGAGCAAAUGGCCAAUCAAAGGGGUUUGCCCUUGUUGGCGUUGGAUCUGAAGCAUCCUCAAAAAAGUUAAUGGAUCUGUUGCCUAAAAGAGAACUGCAUGGUCAGAAUCCUGUUGUAACUCCAUGCAAUAAACAGUUCCUGAGUCAAUUUGAAAUGCAGUCCAGGAAAACUACACAAUCAGGACAAAUGUCUGGGGAAGGUAAAGCUGGUCCUCCAGGAGGCAGUUCACGUGCAGCAUUUCCACAAGGUGGUAGAGGACGGGGCCGUUUUCCAGGGGCUGUUCCCGGUGGGGACAGAUUUCCUGGGCCUGCAGGACCAGGAGGGCCACCCCCACCAUUUCCAGCUGGACAGACUCCACCACGUCCACCUUUGGGUCCACCAGGCCCACCAGGUCCACCUGGUCCUCCACCUCCUGGUCAGGUUCUGCCACCUCCUUUAGCUGGGCCUCCUAAUCGAGGAGAUCGCCCUCCACCACCAGUUCUUUUUCCUGGACAACCUUUUGGGCAGCCUCCAUUGGGUCCGCUUCCUCCUGGCCCUCCACCUCCAGUUCCAGGCUAUGGCCCCCCUCCUGGCCCACCACCUCCACAACAGGGACCACCUCCACCUCCAGGCCCCUUUCCGCCUCGUCCACCUGGCCCUCUUGGGCCACCCCUCACACUUGCUCCUCCUCCGCAUCUUCCUGGACCACCUCCAGGUGCUCCACCACCAGCUCCACAUGUGAACCCGGCUUUCUUCCCUCCACCAACUAACAGCGGCAUGCCUACAUCAGAUAGUCGGGGUCCACCACCCACUGAUCCAUACGGUCGGCCUCCACCAUAUGAUAGGGGUGACUAUGGGCCUCCAGGAAGGGAAAUGGAUACUGCAAGAACGCCAUUGAGCGAAGCUGAGUUUGAAGAAAUCAUGAAUAGAAAUAGGGCAAUCUCAAGCAGUGCUAUUUCAAGAGCUGUGUCUGAUGCCAGUGCUGGCGAUUAUGGGAGUGCUAUUGAGACAUUGGUGACUGCAAUUUCUUUAAUUAAACAAUCCAAAGUAUCUGCUGAUGAUCGCUGCAAAGUUCUUAUUAGCUCUUUGCAAGAUUGCCUUCAUGGAAUUGAAUCCAAAUCUUAUGGUUCUGGGUCAAGAAGACGUGAACGAUCAAGAGAGAGGGACCAUAGUAGAUCACGAGAAAAGAGUCGGCGUCAUAAAUCUCGAAGUAGAGAUCGCCAUGAUGAUUAUUAUAGGGAGAGAAGUAGAGAACGCGAGAGACAUCGGGAUCGAGAUAGGGACCGAGAUCGGGAGCGUGACCGCGAGCGGGAAUAUCGUCAUCGUUAGAAGUAUAAACAUUUUAAGUUGGACCAUUUAAUCUUCCAGAGAAAGCCAAAUGAAGGUAAGUAAUGAAAGGUAAAAUUUUGACCUCUUACUGUUUUAUAUUACAACAUGUAGGUUUCAGGUUCUUACUGUUAAUGGUUUGUUUUAAGAAAGCAGGAAAAUAAAUCAAGAGGACUCAUGCUCGCUUCUAAAAUCUAAAAAUUGGAAUUUCUUAAUCACAAACAUUUACAUAUUUUAAUUAUUUAAAACAGGAACUCAUAACUAUAUGUGUAAUGUGUUUGAACUUAAAAUAAAUUUUUUUUCUCCUCGAACUAAUGAUUUCAUCUGUAGCUAAAAACAUUUAAAGAACAUCUGGUACAUUAUUGAUAACACAGGAGAUGGUUUUUCAGCCCUGAAAGAUGUUUUGUCCUUAAAAAAUUCUAAGAAAAGUUUUGUCUUUUUAAAAAAUAAAAGUAUCUUUAAUUUGUAAAGAAAAUACAAAAAGAAAAUGCUCAAUUAAAAAUGGGCCCAGGUAUUCCUUAUACAAUUAAAAAUUGUACCAAGUCAUAUAUCUUAAGUUAAAAUUACAUAGAAGCAAUUUUCUUUGAUGUUUCAUUCAUGAACCAUAAUCAUUGUGUCUUGUUUUUUCUGUACUUUAAAGCUAUUUCUUGUGUACAUUUCUCAUAAAGCAGAGGAAGAGUUGUCUGUUUAUACUUCAUUUUCAUGUGUAAUUUUAUUUUUAUAUUUGUAAACAGCAUUUAUUCAUGUGAAAAAGGGGAGGUGGGCACUAUAUGCCUUGUUCAUGUAACAUAAGGGUUAUUCUGUAUACAAGUCGUUCCCCCUCACACUUUCUUUAUAUUAUGGUUAAAUUCAGGUUAAAUUAGGAUAAAGCAGAUUUCUUGUGGUAAACUAUACUUCACCCAAUUAUUUUCCAUAAUGGAAAUUGUUAGUAUUUACGUUGUGUGGGCAAAAUCCUAUGUUGGGUAUAUGUAAAUCUGUCAUAGAGGAGUAGUUUCUUUAAUUAUAAUAGGUAUUUUAACAAGCAUGAUUCUUAUUUUUCAAGUCUUUUCAGGUCUUACUUUAUGGUAUACAAAUAAAUUAUUUCAUUACUGAGUGCUUUUUGAAGUGAAAAGGCCAGUUUCAAUGCUUUUUCUUACAUUUUAAAUCUGCACUUUUGAAUAAUCUCAUCAAUUUUUAACCUUUUUUCAUGUAUUGUAGAACUCAAUAUAAGUAAUUCUCAAAUACUUCCUUAUUGUGAACAAAACAUCUUUCACUUUCAAAACUAAACUUAUAUCGGUUCUGUUUUGUAAUGUGAAUAAAAGAAGAAAAGCUUUAUCUUGAAAAUAUAAGCCCUAAAAUUUAAGAUACAGCUCUUCCCCCUGAAUAGAUUUGAGUUCAUCUUAGAAAAAAAAAAUUCUGGGGUCAGGGCGAUAGUACAGCACUUAGGGCAUUUUUGCCUUGCAUGUGGCCCACCUGGGUUUGAUUCUUGGCAUCCCAUAUGGUUCCUCCUGAGCACUGCAGGAGUAAUUCCUGAGUGCAGAUCCAGGAGUGAGCCCUGAACACUGCCACAUGUGGCCCCAAAACAAACAAAAAUUAAUUCUCAGCACCCUCAAUUGCCUAAGGUGAAUUGUGGCCAAGAUUCUACUUGAAGUGUUUAAUUAUAGCAGCUGUUCCAUAAGGUGCAGCCCCCUGCAGUUAUUUUUAUUUAGGCUCUUGUCAGUUAUCAACAAAUUUCCAGUUACUGAAGAAAGAAUGAUAGUAAAUUCUUGAAUAAAUUUUUGGCAUCUUCUAUAUUGGAUGUGCUCAUAAAGGGGACUUCUAAAUCAGUUUAUAUUUAAAAGUUUUCUUGCUGAUUGUCAUUAACUUAGCAUAAGACAACUUCGGAAAAUUUAAUUAUAUUCUAAUGGUAUACCCAACUAUAUCAUGACUGUGUUUUCAGUAGCCAGAUAUUAAAUUAUGAAUUCCCAACUUGCAAACAGUUGUUGACUUUUUUCUUAAUCACUGAUGUACCACCCGAAAAUUUCCAUGUUUUGUUUGUAAUUAGAACUGACUUGUGAUACUGUUAUGUGCCUUCACCCAAGCAAAAUUUUACAUAAGCAUUUUCUAGGUGAAAAAUUGUUAACUUGGAAUAUUGUUCCUUUGCUAUACCAGUCACAUAGUAUUUAUUGUGGAUGUAGACCUUAAAGGGAUGGGGACUGGAAUUAAAAAUACUUAAGUAAAAACUUUGAACAAACAAAAUUUAAGGUCUGUUGACCACUUUUAUUUUUUAAAUAUGAGUCCUUUUGAGCUUGUGUAUCGUAAAUGAAUGAAAUGGACAAAUAGUUUGGAAGCUAACAUGAAUUAGCAAUAAGUUGUAUAUAAAUAAGCCACUAAUGGGUAACUUAAAAAAGUGAUGAUCAAUUGCUAAAAGGGCUACUUCUUAAUUUAACUGGAAAAAUAAUUAUGUUGGCAAGCUGUUAAUGUCUGUCCCAUCUUAAUUUUUUUUGUGUUUGAACUGUUGGUGAUGUUAAUUGCAUUCUCUCAUUUUUAAAAUGUACAAAUUUUUCUGAAAACAUUUAGUAUCUAAGUUGAAAUAGAUAUUUAAUGGGAAUAUUGGUAUUGUAAAUUUCAGUAUGUAAAAACAUUGUGCCUUCAUAUUCUGUAAUUUCCGCCUCUAUUCUCAGACCACUCUGAGCAAAACAUAGUUCAGUGUUUUAAGAUUGUACACACACUGAAAACUUUUAGUUUCAUAAUUCAGUUGUUUGAAACAACCCUAUCCAACAAAUUCAUAUUGUUUUUUUGUGCAUCGAAGAGUAAUGAAACCAAUUUUUUUUUACUGUAAUGCAUUCAUGCUUUUUCUCUCUGAUAGGUCUACAUAUUACCAGAAGAUGAUUUUUUUUUGAUAAAUUUUAAAGAUGUAUGAGUCUGGAUUAAGUAGUUACACUGUAUGGUUCGUUUUCUUUUAACAGUGAUGUUACUUUUUUCUUAAACCUAGUAUUUAUUGGGUUUUGUUAUUGAGCAAGUUUUAUAUGCUUUGCAUUCUUAGUGUAUAGCUUUUUAUCAAUCUCGGAGAAACAGAAAAACAGUAGAAUAAUUUUAAUGUAAUCUUGUUUAGUUAUUGGUUCUUCCAAUAAUUUGAUAAGUGACAAUGGUAAUAAAAAUGUUUAAUUAUAUCAAUUCUCAUGUCUCUGAGAUUUGUCUAAUAUUGUCCAGCCCAGAUUUUUACUGUGUUUUCCCAUGUAUCCUAAUUGUUCUGCUUCUCCUGAAUAUGUUGUUUCUUGCUGCUUUUGAUCUAAAAUUUCCUUGGUUUUAGUACUAUUAAUACAAUCUGACACAGGAAUCUUAAUUUAAAUAGCAAGGUGAUAGGGAGUGAUCCCAUGUGGAUUUAAAAUGUUUUUGCUCACUGUGGUUUAAGAAUAUGGUUUUGUUUAUAAAUGAUUAAUGUUCCCUGUUAAGAAACAAUUCAAUGCAAGUGUGAGUCACUUUGCUCUCACUUUCAUCUCAGUGUGAAAUUUACUACCAUUGUUUUGGUUUGUAAAUUAGAUUGUUUUGAACAAUGUUUUGGGUGAAUAUUUUGAAGAGAGCCUAACUUUAAAAGGGAGUGGGGUAAAGGUGCUAUGUAUGCUAUCCAUAUUUACUGAUGUGCCUUCUGUGAUAGCAUGUUUUAACUUGAGUUCAGAGUUAUAUACUCUUAGCUUAUUUUGAAAUAUCCGUUCUGUGAAAUUUUGGGAGUAAACCUUGAGUUUACUUUGUAGUGGUUUAUUUCUGCUAUUUUGGUGAACUGCCUGGUUCAUGUAUAUGUUUUAUAUAUGGAAUAAAUAAAAUGUUUUAGUUUAAAUGAGGUAAGUACUGUGAGGCAUAGAAAAAUGAAAAUAAAAAAUGUUACAGUACUUAGAAACCCUUUUGUAAAUACAACAAAAUUUUAUGGAGUAUAUUCUGGUCAACGCAAAAAAUUAUUUUUAAAAAUUGAGUUGUAUUUAGGGGUUUCUAUUUAUUUUGCCUACCUCGUUUCCAGUUAUCUCACUAAGGAGAAAUUUUUAUAGAAAAGUGAAUUUUAUUUCACUGAGCUAAUAGAGGUACAUCUUAAAUGACAUUAGAAUAGUUUUAAUCCCACAUAUUGAUAUGGAGACCUAUCUUUAAAAGAGCCAUAUUAAAUAGAUAUAUAACUCUUCUGACAGAUUAAUUUGCCAUGAGUUUAAUAUAAUUGGUCUGUCAAAUUUGAUUAGCUAAGUUUCUAAUGGGAAUCCUCAUAAUUUGAGUUGUUAGUGUAACAUUUUAAAAUGCAAGUGUUCCAUAUUUGAAAUUUUAUUUAUUACUCUAUAGAGGACAUUAAAAGAUCUGUAGAUUCUGUUUGUCUUCAACAGCUAUUCUUGACAUCCUAUGUUGUUGAUAGUUAAAGCAAGUAAUUGCGUGACUUUGACUAAAUUGUGUUUUGAAAACAUAUCAUUGAAUGUAUUUGUUGCUUUCAAAAUCUUUUUUUGAUAUUCUUGUCUACUUAGAAAUCUGAGAAUAUAGUUUGGAAUUGGGUUAUUGGAAAUGGGUUGUAUUGCCUUCAAAUUUGCUUUCGUUUGAGAUUGUAAAACUUGUAUUUUCAAAUGGAUUAAUGUAAAGUGUUUAGGAAUAGAAAUACUGUCAGACUGUCCCCUAGAUUUUAUUUAUAUAUGGUGAAAAUUAGAUUUAUUAGUAGUACAGUUCUAACUAUAAAGUGUAAUCAAGUGAAAGAUGAGUGCAUUUGUCCAGAUAAAGGUGGGCAACAGUUGUAAUUUUAUCAACAAAUUUUUUCCCCUUUUUCCUUAAUUUUUGGGCCACACCUGGCAGUGCUCAGGGGUUUCUCCUGGCUCUGUGCUUAGGGAUUACUUGUGGCGGACUUGGGAGACCGUAGAGGGUUCCAGGGACCAAAUAUGGGUCAACCGUGUGCAAGGCAGGUAGGUGCACUUGCCACUGUAGUAUCUCCAGCCCCUCAUCAUCAAUUUUUCUACCCCAAACCAAUAAAACUUCUCCAUUGGAGUGAUAAAUGAAAGUUGUCAUAUUUGCUUCAGGUUUUUGGAGAAAGUGUUAGACACUGUUAAUAUGGUUUUAAUCUUUUUUCCUUUUAAUGACCCAGUCUUGACUCACAGCCAACAAGUCGUCAGCAGUAAGAUUUAAUUUUUCAGUAUAUAUAUAUUUUUAAAAGGAUAUAUUCCUUAUAUCACAUUCUUUAAUACCAGUUUCUUAAAUGUCUUGCAAGUCACUUUUUUUAUAAAAAGAAAGCUGCCUUGGGGCCGGAGCGAUAGCACAGCAGGUAGGGCGUUUGCCUUGCACGCGGCCGACCCGGGUUCGAUCCCCGACAUCCCAUAUGGUCCCCCAAGCACCGCCAGGAGUAAUUCCUGAGUGCAGAGCCAGGAGUAACCCCUGAGCAUCGCUGGGUGUGACCCAAAAAGCAAAAAAAAAAAAAAAAAAGAAAGCUGCCUUUUUUGAUUAAUUCCAUCAAAAAGCUUCAAUGAUCUGAAAAGGUACAAAAUAAAAACUAACACUGGAAGUGACCUAAAUGUCUCUGGAAAACAUGGGCUAAUAAAAGUUGGGUGGGGGGAGGGAGUACAAACUUAAUCACUUGUUUUUCCUUUUACAGUUAUGAUAUUUAAACAUAUAUAUAUAUAUAGACACUCUCAAAAUACAAACUAGUUGGGGCAUACAGAAACAAAAUGAUAAAUUUAUAGCUGGACAGAAUAUUUUAUUAUAGGGCAAAAGAGUAUUCUUGCAAUUUUAUGGCAAAAUCACUAGUAUUGUUCCUCUUUGCCUUUUUUCCCCUCAUCUUUUUGAAAUUCCAUCUUGGGAUUUGUUUUAAACAUGUUACGUCUCAGUGAUCACAUAUCCAAGUUUAACUGAAUUAAUGCUUUUGUGAAAUUGCCUGAAGUUUGCAUAUUGUGUAUUCUUGGUUUUAUUUUUAUCAAAUUUAUUGUUUUUUAAAAUGUGAGUUUCAAAUGGAGCUAUUGUAGAUUUCCCAUUUAGCUUUUUUGGUUUUGAUUUUGGUUUAUAUACUACCUUAGCUAUAUCAAUAUAGGUGCAAUAGAGUACAUUUUAAAUUUGUAUUUCGUCUAAUGAUUUGUAUGUGGAUGUCAUUUGAAUGUGCAUACUGGGCUUUAUCUUUAUUUCUAAAUUUUGUAACAUGGAGCACAAUUUGAUUUAUAAUAUUUGCAGUAGUUCCUGUAUGCUGUCAAAUAAAUGCAACUAAUUUGUAAAAUAUAUUGCAUUUUCAGUUCACAUUUGUUAAUACGUUAUAUAGACUUGUGUGGGUGGAUGAAAAGUACAUACAUUUAAGUCAUCUGGACAUUUACCAUUUAAUUUUGUAGUAUGCAUACUUUAGAGAAUUAAAUGUUUCCAUCAUCAUAGAAACAGUAGCUGCUAUAUUUUUGGUUUUUAUCAUUGAAUUUGUCAAUAUCUAAGAAGAAUAAAUCAGAUUGUUUUAAUCAUCACAUAAAUUGGAAGCAUUUCUCUACAAAGGCAGCUACAGUUUCAGUUAAUUUCUUAUUUUGUGUUUGAAUACGUGACAGUGAAAUAGAUGCACGACCUGUGUAUGUAUAGUUAAGCCAGCAUUUUUUUUUUUUUUGGUCUAUAAUGGGGAAUAGCAAAAUCUACAUCACAAAUUUUAACACA